AUGGUAGAUUACUUGAUAACCGGCGGAACGGGGUAUAUCCCAGAUGACGGACUCACGGGGGCCCAGAUGUUCGCCAAUGGGGAUGGACUCACAUACAAUGAUUUUCUGAUACUACCAGGGUUCAUUGACUUCACAGCUGAUGAAGUAGAUCUGACCUCUGCCCUGACCAGAAAAAUCACCCUGAAAUCUCCAUUAGUCUCCUCCCCUAUGGACACAGUGACAGAGUCUCAAAUGGCCAUAGGAAUGGCGCUCUGUGGAGGAGUGGGAGUCAUACAUCACAACUGUACUCCCGAAUUCCAGGCCAACGAGGUCAGAAAGGUCAAGAAAUAUGAACAAGGCUUCAUUCUUGAUCCUGUUGUUAUGUCUCCCACACACACAGUAAAAGAUGUGAUCACGGCGAAAAAGAAGUUUGGUUUUUCUGGAAUUCCGAUUACAAAUUGUGGCCACAUGGGAGAGACGCUGGUGGGUCUGGUCACGCAGAGAGACAUUGACUUCUUGACCGACGACGAAAUGGACACUCCCAUUUCAGAGGUGAUGACGAAAUAUGAGAACUUAGUAGUGGCACAGAGUGGGGUUACACUGAAGGAAGCGAACGCUAUACUACAGAAAAACAAGAAAGGAAAACUUCCCAUUGUUAACGACGAGGGAGAACUGGUGGCGUUAAUAGCCAGAACAGACACAAAGAAAAACCGAGAAUUCCCGCUGGCUUCCAAAGAUGACAAGAAGCAAUUAUUGGUUGGUGCAGCAGUUAGCACACACGAGGAUGACAAAAAGCGACUUGAACUUUUGGUGCAGGCGGGAGUAGACUUUGUUGUCCUGGAUUCCUCACAAGGAAACUCCAUUUAUCAAAUCAACAUGAUCAAAUAUCUGAAGAAGUCAUAUCCAGGAGUUCAGAUCAUUGGCGGCAAUGUUGUCACAGCAGCACAAGCGAAGAAUCUCAUCGACGCUGGCGCAGAUGCUCUCAGAGUGGGUAUGGGCAGUGGAUCCAUCUGUAUUACACAAGAAGUAAUGGCGGUUGGAAGACCACAAGGGACGGCAGUAUACAAGGUGGCAGAAUACGCCAGACGAUUUGGCGUCCCGGUCAUUGCAGACGGUGGAAUAUCGUCAGUAGGACAUGUGAUGAAAGCCUUGUCUCUCGGAGCAUCCACUGUGAUGAUGGGGUCUCUACUAGCAGGAACUUCUGAGGCCCCUGGGGAGUAUUUCUUUGCUGAUGGGGUUAGGCUGAAGAAAUACCGGGGCAUGGGAUCACUAGACGCCAUGGAAAAACACCGCAGCAGUCAGAGUCGAUACUUUAGUGAAAGUGAUAAAAUCAAGGUUGCUCAAGGCGUCUCAGGGUCUAUUGUCGAUAAAGGUUCCAUCAACAAGUUUGUGCCAUAUCUCAUUGCUGGGAUCCAACAUGGCUGCCAAGACAUUGGAGCACGCUGUCUUUCCAAUCUCAGAUCUAUGAUGUACUCCGGGGAACUGAAAUUCGAGCGUAGAACAACGUCAGCUCAGGUGGAAGGAGGGGUUCACAAUCUUCACAACUAUGAAAAACGGUUGUAUUGAAGAGUCCUUAGACAAUAGCUAUCCCAUCCAAUGUGUUCCUUUUAUUAGCUAAAGUGAGCUUUUCUUAUCAAAAUCUGUCUGUUGUCUUUCGUCAGCGUCGUCGGUGUAAACUUUUCA